AUGGCCACAACUCUCCUGAAGAUGCUCGCCGUCGCAAGCGUUCUGGUCUCUGCCGAGACUACCUGGAGCGAGAACCUUGUCCUCGCCGACUGCGGCAUCGGUCUGGGCCCAAAUGGUGGCUCUACAUCACGCGAGAUGAUGUACUAUUCUGCUGAGGCUUGGGGCGCACCGAGAUAUAUGAAGAACGUACCGUGGGAUGGCUCCUACCCCUGGCGUAACAGCGGCGUGUCUCAGACUCUUCCCAACGGUGAUACAUGGACCGUGUUUAUCAACAACGGCGCUGGAGAUCCAAACUUGGCUGGAUGGGCCACUCAUACAUAUGAUAAUGUCGCUCUGACAUGCUGGAGUCGGCACUUGGAUGGGCUCUUCACACUGGACGAUGGCAAAAAAUGUAGCAUGGCGUACAUCUGCAAUCAUCAGUCAGUAAAUCCGCCUCCGAAUCCACCUCCAAAUCCACCUCCAGGCCCAAUAGGCGAGAAUGCGACUCCUGGUGCCCUCAAAUACCAACCUGUAAUCGACUUUGACCAAUCAGCCUGCUACAACACCGCAGCCAUCACAAGUGACGGGUAUUGCAACGAUGGUCUCGAAAUCGGCCAAGGUGAUUGCCGCCAGUUGAAUCGCCUGUACAACAGCAACACAUACGUACGCGAAAAGUGCACAAACGACGGCUGGUGCUUCUACUUAUACGGUUAUUACUUCGAGAAGGAUGAGGGAGGCGCUCUGGCGCACGGUCACAAGCACGACUGGGAGCAUCUGGCCGUCUGGACGCUCAACAACGAGGCGAAGUACCUUGCUUGGUCGGCUCAUGGAAACUAUAAAGUCAACAAACCCAACUCGGUCGAGUGGCAGGGGAAUAAUCCCAAGUUUGUGGUGGAACGCGACAUGGCCACCACCCACGCAUUCCGCAGGGCAGAAGGAAACGAGCCACCCGAAAAUGCAUCGGGAAAAUGGUAUCGCAGUCCGUUGGUCAGUCUAGAGUGGAUGGAUGGAUCACUUAAGGAGAAGAUGUUGACUCACGACUGGGGCAACGCUCAUCCUGACUUGACUGAUGAGCGAUUUGAUAAGGCUUACUGGUCUACUUGGGAGGAUGCGAAGGCUCUCGACCAUGUUGUACCACCUCGGCCAGAUCCAUCCCCACCACCACAUCUAGAGUUGUGA